UUCAACAUUAGGUAGGCGACAGUUAAACAAAUAGACAUAAGUUUCACUCUGAGUUCCGUAAUUGAGAAGAAAAAGCGAAUAUUCUAACAUUUUACUCGAUCGAAAGGGGUAAAUAUGAUUCAAUUAGACUCAUCAGAAAUUCCAAGUGAAGUCAUUCGUUUGGCGCUUCAUGAAACCAUUGAAAACCAGCUAAAAUCAAAAGAUUACCAAAUCAAUGGGAUUUACAAUGCGUCGAAGGUGGGAGAAACGAAUUUCGUUGGGAUCGUGCAUCGUGUGUCGUUCAAAAAAGAUGGCGAAAAAAAACAUAAUGAACUAAUAGUCAAGGUCGCUCCGCAAAAUGCCGCUCGUCGGGAGAUUUUCAAUUCGCGACCAUUUUUUCUACGAGAAAUGCGAAUGUACAACGAGGUUUUGCCAUUUUUUCGACAUUUCCAACAUUCAAAGGGUGUAGCAAUUGAGGAGAAUGGUUUUGUUGAAUAUCCAAAGUGUUAUCGAACCAUCGACGAGGAACCCAACGAAAGCCUUUUCUUCGAGGAUUUAAGUGUUCGAAAUAUGGCGAUCAUCGACAAAUUCACCAAAGAAGUUACCGUCGAUCAUGCACGUAUGGUGAUGAAAGCGUUGGGCAAGUUACACGCACUUUCGUUUGCCUUGAAAGAUCAACAUCCGGAAAAGUUCAAAGAAUUGUCUUCAGAUUUAAUUGAGGUGCAUCUACGCCCAGACAAUGCCCACAUAAGAGAACCCCUUAAUAGACAAUCCGAAUUUGUUUUGAAUUUACUAGCCGCAGAAGAAGAUGCCAAUGUUUUGAAUAAAAUGAAAACUUUAUUCAAAAGAGAAGCGAUUUAUAUCAUUGGUGAUUGUCUAGAUUUGGAAUCAGCCGGGUCCGCUUCAGUCAUAAUACACGGAGAUGUUUGGCAGAAUAAUAUUAUGUUCAGCUGUGAUAAAAGUGGAAAACCAAUUGAGAUGUGCUUUUUGGAUUGGCAAUGUUCAAAACAUGUAUCGCCGAUCAUUGACAUCGUAUAUUUUUUGUUCUGUUCCACCACCAAAGAGCUACGAGAUGUGCAUUACGAACAUCUUCUGAAGGUUUACUAUGACAGCUUAGCUGCACACACUAGGAGAUUGGGUUCGGAUGUGGAACAGCUCUUUCCGCAUGCGUUGAUGCAAAAACAUUUCCGUAAAUUUGGAAAAUAUGGCUUGAUUUUGGCCAUGCUCCUACUUCCAGUUAUUACAGCAGACGAAAUGGGAGUAAUUGAUUUGGAUCAAAAAUCAAAAGAUGCGUUAAGUGGCAAACAACACGAUGCAAAAUCUUAUAUAUCGGAAAAGUCACGCGUCAAACUCAAUAAACGUUUACGAGACGUUGCUGUGGAUAUGCUAAAUUCGAAAGAGUAUGAAAUUGAGUUUGUGAGUUCAGCGUCGAAAGCCGGAGAAAGUAAUUUCGUUGGCAUUGUUCAUCAGGUGUCAUUUACCAAAGAAGAUCCAAAUGAAAAGGAACGUCGCUCCGCCUCAAGAUUAAUCCUCAAAGUGGCACCACAAAAUGGAUUUUCCGCUGUGUACGGAAUUUCCUUUUCGCUUCGUUCUAUCAACAAACCUGUGAGUUUUGGCCGAAUUAUCGCGACUCCUCUCAAUAUAAAUACUUUGAAUCAAAAUAUCGUCUCUGGAUAUUUCUGUCGCGAGAAUAUGCGGCGUAAGCAUUUAUUGGCACUUAUAAAUAGAAAUACCCCAGUUUCGAAAAAAGUGAAUCAAAUGAUAGUGAGAUUCGCUGCACCAUUUGCAAUUCUACAAUCAAAAUUUCUUCUGACGGAAAAACGGGAAUGGAAAGACACAUCGGAACAGCACGACACAAGAAGAGGCAAGAGCAACAAGUUAUCAAAUGACGACGUCACCUUAAAUCUGAAAGAGAUAUUCGUCCGCACUGAUGAUGAUUAUUACAGAGAGUUCUUCAAUAAACACGUCGAAGUUAUAUUCAAAGUAUUAAAACACGAAGAAGAUGCGCAUUUGUUGGACGAAAUGAAGAAUCUUUUCGAAAAAGAGCCGAUUGCGGUCGCUGUUGAAUGUCUUGACUUGAAUGCCACAAGAUCGGCUUCAGUUAUCUCACACGGAGAUGCUUGGCAGAAUAAUGCAAUGUUUAGACAUGAUGAAAAUAGAAAAUCAUUUGAAAUUUGCCUUUUGGACUGGCAAAUAUUACGUCAUUCGUCCCCAGCCAUUGAUGUUGCCUACUUCAUUUUCGGCUGUACCACAAAGGAAUUGCGAGACCUUCAUUACGAACAAUUUUCAAACAUUUAUUAUGAUAGCUUAUCCACACAUAUUCGAAGACUUGGCUCUGAUCCGGACAAGUUGUUCCCAUUCACGCUCAUGCAGCAACAUCUCCAGCAAUUCGCAAAGUACGCAUUAGUUCUGUGCACAGUAUUACUUCUACUUUUAACAGCAGACCGAGGAAAUGAGAUUGACUUAGACCAAAUUGCUGAUAACAUUGGAGAUAACAAAGAUACGGAGGUGUAUGGUGCUUUCAUUUCAGAAUCGUCGUAAAGUAAAUUCAAUAAACGUUUGUGAGCCGUUAUUAUUGAUAUGGUACGAUUGGGAUAUACACAGAAAUUGUGAAUUUGAAUAGGACAACAUAAGAAAUUGAUUGAAGAAUGGCUUUACUUAAGUAAUUGAAAUAAGACAAAAACAUCAAUUGUAAACCAAACAAAUUUUAAUGUAUAACAAUAAUACAGAGUUUAUUGACAAAUCUAGAGUAUGGCGAAAAUACACCAAAAAAUA